UGCUCCCAGACAUCGCCAUUACAGCAAUUGAUCUCCACUCCACUAAAGUAUGGCGCUCGUCACGUACGAAGCCAUGUUCUGUGCGCGGGCAUUAUCCCAACCGCAUCAAGGUAAAAUCAGUGUUAAGUAUGCUGAGCAUGGACCGGUGUUCGUUUCCAGCACACACUCCACCCGUCGGGUUCCUCCGGGUUCCUGGGGAUCACGCGGGUGAAGCGGGUGCUGGAUUCGUUCUGAGAUUAUACGGUUCCAACUUGAUCUGGAUAAUACCAGCGAAAGGAUCAUGCCUUCCUACUCCUACCGCUCGAGGACAACCUUAACAGUUCGCAGGCUUCCCGCAUCCUUGAGAUAAUCCGUCAAGAUGUCUCCUCCCGCCGCUACUUUUGAAAACCCCAUCGCCGUGCGCGACAUUAGUGUACCCGUCAAGAAGAACCUUGCGGUCAAGCCGGCCGCCAAUGGCCAGACGAAGACCUUGGCCGAGAUGGAGGACAACUGGGAGAGCUUCACCUUCUCUCCCAUCCGUGAGAGCCAGGUCUCCCGCGCGAUGACCCGACGCUACUUCGCCGAUCUUGAUAAUUACGCCGAGUCUGACAUCGUCAUCGUGGGUGCAGGCUCUUGCGGACUGAGCACUGCCUACGAGCUCGCCAAGAAGCGCCCAGACCUCAAGAUCGCAAUCAUUGAGGCAGGUGUCGCUCCCGGUGGUGGAGCCUGGCUCGGUGGCCAGCUCUUCAGCGCCAUGGUCAUGCGCAAGCCCGCCGAGGCUUUCUUGAACGACCUCGGCGUUCCAUACGAAGAUGAGGGCGACUUCGUUGUAGUGAAGCAUGCCGCCCUCUUCACCUCCACCCUCCUCUCGAAAGUUCUGUCCUUCCCCAACGUCAAGCUCUUCAACGCGACUGCGGUUGAGGAUCUCAUCACGCGCCCCAACCCGACCGCCUCCGACCCCAACGCGGUCCGCAUCGCUGGUGUCGUCACCAACUGGACCCUCGUCUCCAUGCACCACGACGACCAGUCCUGCAUGGACCCCAACACGAUCAACGCACCACUUGUCAUCUCCACCACUGGCCAUGAUGGCCCCUUCGGUGCCUUCUCCGUCAAGCGUCUCGUCAGCAUGCAGCAGCUCGAGAAGCUUGGUGGCAUGAGGGGCUUGGACAUGCGCACCGCCGAGGACGCGAUCGUGAAGCGCACUAGGGAGAUCGUCAAGGGGUUGAUUGUGGGUGGCAUGGAGUUGAGCGAAGUCGAUGGAGCCAACCGCAUGGGGCCUACCUUCGGCGCGAUGGCACUAAGCGGCGUCAAGGCCGCCGAGGAGGCUUUGAGGAUUGUUGAUGAGAGGAAGGCGGAGAACAGUGAAUAGAGUGCAAAUCAUCCGGUUACGUGGGGAAGUGUGACCACUGUCAUUUUGUCUCUCACCACCACGCUGUCGCUACAUUGUUCGUAAUCAACAAGUAAAGAUCAUUCGCUCU